UAAUUAUUGGUUUGACGUUUUAGCGAUUUAUUACCGCGACACUUGUUAUCCCUCAUUUCGGAUCAUAGUAGCCGGAUUAUUCCGGACUUGGAACUGGGUCCAUCCAGUUCUCACGCCGAGCCGGUUGAUGUCCACAUUGAAACAAUUUGCCUUUGUUUUCCUCGAGAAUGUUACAUUUGUACGAUGUCAUUACAAAGAUGAACAUCGAAGCUGCUUUAGCGAAAUUCAGAUACGCGAAACCGUAAGAAGAGAAUUAGAUAAUUAUCACUGAGAAAAUAAACAGUUCGGGAAUAAACAGGGAGGGGAAUGUGCAAGAGAGGAAUUUUCCUGACAGAAGAAGGCUUUCGAAAUCGCUCAAUCAUCGUAGAUCGGUGUAUGCUGUAGUACGUGAUCCGUGGGACGAUAACGUUAUAGAGACUUGACGGUGUCUGAUUGCACUCGGAGGGUAGGACGUCAUCGAAUAAACCGCCCCUAUUGCUGCUACAAAGAGAUCAGGGGAGUCUCAAUCGCGGGGAGCUUCUCAGCACGUGCGAACGUGCUCGUCGUCGUGGCGGUUCUCUUCUGAUGGUACAACGAAUAAAAGUAGUGACUCACCGGCGACGGACGAACGCGGACGACAGCGUGGAUCGUCCACGGCAGAAGCAUCGUCGUCGUCGUCGUCGUCGUCGCGUCACGUCGGGUGGUGCGCCAUGGAUCGCCUCGCCCCGAUGAUCAUCCCUGCGCUCCUCCUCGUGGUUCUCUGUUAUCCGGGAUGCGGCCGCGCCAAUUUCGCGCCUUUCCACGACCUGGGAUCCGCGGAACGGAUCCCGGCCGAGAAGCAUCCCGCAUCGCACGGACCACAGAUCGACGCCGGUGACUUCCACGGCGAUCCAUACGGCGCUUAUCCGGGCCUAGGCUUCGGGCCCAUGGGCCCGGUGAUCCGCUCGGCCUUGCCGAACGAUGAUACCUUGCGCAGCCUCUCGUCGGCCAGCAACGACGAUGCCGGACAACGGAAUAUCCCUAAGGAAUCGCAGCUCGCCUCGGCGCGCUCUGGCGACGACAUCGCAGUCGGCGACUCCUCGAGUGGCAACGAACAUUCGCCGAAACCGGAAUAUCGCAUCGUCAGCGUAGAGUUCACGCGCGUCGAAACGCCCUUUCUUAUCGGGAUUUGGAUCUUCUUCGCCAGCAUCGCGAAAAUCGGCUUCCACAUGACGCCGAAGCUCAACAAGAUCUUCCCGGAGUCCUGCUUGCUGAUCGCUGUCGGCGUGAUCGUCGGCCUGUUGCUAUUCCAGGCGAGCAGCGUUCACAUUUCGCCGCUAACACCCGACACGUUUUUCUUGUAUAUGCUGCCGCCCAUCAUCCUGGAUGCUGGCUACUUCAUGCCCAAUCGGCUGUUCUUCGACCAUCUUGGGACGAUACUUCUGUUCGCUGUUGUUGGAACUGUAUUAAAUACGAUGUCGAUAGGUGUUUCAUUAUGGCUGUUGGGGAAAAGCGGUAUGUUUGGUUGUGAGACGCCUAUCCUCGAUAUGUUCCUAUUCUCGGCAUUGAUCAGUGCUGUCGAUCCCGUGGCCGUGCUGGCCGUUUUCGAAGAGAUACAUGUGAACGAGAUACUCUACAUCGUCGUGUUCGGAGAGAGUUUAUUGAACGACGCGGUCACUGUCGUGCUCUAUCACAUGUUCGAGACGUACAGCGAGAUGGGCCCUUCUAGGAUCAUUUACACGGACGUGCUGUCGGGCCUAGCUUCGUUUUUGGUGGUGGCGAUCGGUGGCACAGUCAUAGGUGUAGUUUGGGGUUUCGCUACUGGCUUCGUGACUAGGUUUACACAUCAGGUGCGCGUGAUCGAGCCGAUAUUCAUCUUCGUGAUGGCGUACUUGGCAUACCUUAGCGCAGAGAUCUUCCACUUGUCCGGCAUAUUGGCAAUAACCUUCUGUGGUAUCACGAUGAAGAAUUACGUUGAGGCCAAUAUAUCGCACAAGUCUCACACGACCGUCAAGUAUACAAUGAAGAUGCUGUCAAGUAGUUCGGAGACCAUUAUAUUCAUGUUUCUCGGCGUCGCUACGGUGAACAAUGCUCACAACUGGAAUACGUGGUUCGUAGUCAUGACGAUAGUCUUCUGCUCCAUCUAUCGAGCCAUGGGCGUGAUAGUGCUGACAGCGCUGGCGAAUCAGUUCCGGCUGCACAAAUUGGACAAGGUGGAGAAAUUCGUCAUGUCCUACGGCGGUUUACGAGGCGCCGUAGCAUUCGCCCUGGUGCUUCUUAUAGAUCCAAGACACGUGCCUCUGCAACCUAUGUUCGUCACUACCACUAUUGCCGUCAUCUACUUUACCGUAUUCAUCCAGGGGAUCACCAUCAAACCUCUCGUCAAAAUCCUCAAUGUUAAAAGGGCGGAGAAGAGAAAGCCGACGAUGAAUGAGAGAAUCCACGAGAGGAUAAUGGAUCAUACGAUGGCGGGUAUCGAAGACAUUUUGGGAAAACACGGCAACUAUCACGUCCGAGAUAAAUUCAAGCGAUUCGACAAUAAAUUCAUCCGACCUUAUCUCGUGAAAGAUCAUUGCGGCGCCGAGCCGAAGAUUCUGGAAACUUACUCGAAGCUGGCGAUGAAGGAUGCGUUAGAUUACAUAAGAAGAAAUGCCUCCACUAUUGGCAACAUUAGCGGCACCGAAAGUAUGUCGGCGAUAUUCCGUAAUUACAGCAAUACCGGACAGUUCAAUGGAAGUCCCAGCUGCAGCCAGCUCGAAACGGGAUGGAAUAUCGAUCUGCAGGAACUGGAGUACAAUCCUUCCAAAAAAGACCUAACGGACGCGAGAAUACACCAUCUGCUCGCCGAAGAGCUUUGUAAACCAUACAAAAGGCAUCGACGUUUGAGCUACAGUCGACACGCGGUGAAUGAUCGCGAUCUUUCGACACAAGUCAAUUACAAAAUGCACAUGAAUAUUCGACGGAUGAUGGGAGAGCACAAACAUCGCCAUAAACGCAGCAAAAAGUUACUCAAAGAUGGCAAACAGAAUCACGUUAGUUUCCCAGAAUUUCAACAGCAGAACGGCUCGACAAAGCUAUUUACGCAAGAUUACAUCAAUGGCGUGCUGUAUGAGUUAGAAAACGGAGAAACCUCGAAGCCCUCCAGCAAAGAGGAUUGGGAUUCAGCGAUCACGUUCACCGCGCGAACGUCCGGUGCGGAAGGCUACAGAGUAACCACCCCUACGGCUACGGAAACUAUGUUACCGUGGAAACGUGAGGACGAUUACGAAUCGGGUCAUCCGAUCAAGCAGCACGAAUUUCCAGCCUGGUGCUCCAAUAAAGAAUAUCUCGCCUACAGUUCGCCCUCCGCCACUUUCUUAGGUGGGAUCGAACAGCCGAAAGUCCAAUCCGUGAUUGGCCUAUUUCGACGCGAGAGCGUGUGCACGCCCGACAGUAUCGAUUGCCAAGAGACCGUCGACGAGGUGGACGAGACGGACGAGUACACCCCCGCGGAAAUGGAUUCCCCCGCGAAAACCAAGGGCAAUCCGAGGAGGGUGCCCGCGAGGAGGGUGUCAAUGAUGGAGCUCGGCUUCGCCGACCGAGCUCGCUCGGUGGACAAAACUGCGGACGACGGAUCUCACUCCUUGCCGGACUGCUGGAAUGUUCAGAGAGUACGCCUUAACUCCCUCGCCUGCUCGCCCGCCCAAAUGCCGACUCUGUCGACCGCCCUGAUCACCUCCUCCACGUCGGAAUCAUCGGAGGAUGUAGAUGACGAAGAAGAGGAAAAGGCUUGACCCUUGGGGACCGUCGCUGAGGAGCGACAGUCCUCCUUCACGGAUGUCGAGCGUCGACGUCGUCGGCCCUUCCGACGACCACCGCGACAUUCGUUGCUCACUUCGCUCCUGCGACGACCGAGUGCCCCCGUUUGAGAAGAUCUGCCCUUGACAAGCCGCCUUCUGCAGGGGCCAUCUCACGAACCUGAAUCGGCCUGAAUUUUAUUAAUACGCCCCACAAAUAUGCGAAACAAGACGUUGCGAUGAAUAGAUUCCAGGAGAAAUGACUGUGCAAAGAGAGACUGUGAAAAACACAUCGAAGAUGAAUUAAAUUCUUUUGAAUUAAAUUUUGUACGAGGAGAAAUAUUUAGGAAGACGCGAAAAUUUCAUUAAUUGAAUGAAGGUUAUACAAGAAAAGAGAAGAUAUUCUUUUAAAAAGUUAAUGAUGACAAAUUUUUCCGCGAUGGUAACGCAAAAAAGUGAUGAAUCUCUCUGGAAUGAACGAUCUUCUAUUCUUCCAGUUUGGUAUUCGGUAUUCGCGAGACAGCUCGCCAAUUCGGAAGGAAACGAAACACGUAGACGAGAUUGAAAUUUGAUGAAUCACUGUUAUUUUUUUCUGCACGUCGCAUGAAAUGCAUUCGCGAGAACGAGGGCGCUUGUCAAGAGCAAGGGCUUCUUUCUAAAUCCGUCUUUAAGACGUCUUGGAUUUGUGGCCUUAUAAGGACUAUAAAAGUGCUUGGACGCCGAUGACUUGUACGCUACCGUCGUCGUCAUUAUCGGCGCAAAAUUGUCGGUGCUAUUGAUAAAAGUGUGUUUGUGUUGUAAGAAUUGUUGCGCGGCGCCGUUAAAUGCGCCGCCAGCUUGUCCCAAGAUUUACCACGAGUACCUUCUCUCGGGGGUGGAUUAGACGAUGAUCAUCGCUGUUGUGUACUACGCGAUUAGCUUACGGUCAGACUAAUCGACUUAGUAGAAAAUUACGUAUAAAGUCGGAUUAAACACUUAAGUCGCUGCCACAAUUUACUAUAAAUUCUGAACAUAAUUCUGCCAGUAGGAUAAUGACAGAAAAAAAAAACUUGCGCCAUAAUGUCACUUCUGG